AUGGAAGAAUGGGAACUGAAGAGUAUAACAGAAGCUACUAAUACUGGCGAUGACCAACGCCAACUGAAGUUGCUGCUUGAUGAGUUGCGUGAAAACAAUUUUGUACAUGGAGAUUUGCGGCCACCCAAUGUGUUUCUCCAUGGCUCGCAAGAGAAGGUUGUUCUGAUUGAUUUUGACUGGGCAGGUGUUGCUGGUGUCGACAUUUAUCCUUAUGGGAUGAAUCCGGAAAUUAGUUGGCCUAAAGGUGCACAUGGAGGAGCCAAGUUGGAUCCAGCUCAUGAUUUGGAAUGGCUGUAUCGAAUGUUUCUAUCCGAAUCAAAGUAUUGA